AUGGUAUCAAUUGUAGAUAAUUGCGUUUUAAACAAAUAUAAUAUAUUCCCCCCAGUGUGGGGAUUCGAAGAUCAAAUUCGAAAUAAUGUGGAGAAUAUUAAACUGAUAAAUAUUAAAAAUAAUGAGCACAAAAUAUUAAGGAUACCAAAUUAUUUGUUUUUCUUUUUAAAACACUAUUCAAAUAUUAAUUCAAAAUAUUCAAGAAAUGAAAUAGAUAACCAAUGUGAAAAAAACGAAGAAGCACCAUAUUUGUUUCAUAUCGAUGGUAAAGUUUUUUAUGGAUAUGAAAUAUCAUUAUUUGUUUUUUUAAUUGAAGAGGAUAUUGAAUUAAAACAUUUAAAUAAAGAACACAUGAAAGCUAAUUUAUCAAAAAAUAAUGGGACAAAUACUAACACAUUAUAUAAUUUAAAUAUUAACAAUCAUAUAAAAUAUAAAGAAGAUAAUAAUAGAGAAAUGUUAAAAAGUUGUUUUGAAAGAACAAACUGUUCUUAUAUAUUCCCAAAAAACACCACCAUUAAUAAUGAUGAAAUAUGUUAUGAUAAAAUAACAAAAUAUGAAAAUAACGUUGCUAAUGAAAACUAUACGGAAUCCGUUAAUUUACGUAACAUGAAAUAUGAAUCCUUCUUAUCAUUUCUAUUUAAUAACUCCAAUUUUCAAAAAAAUAAUGAAAACGAUUCGGGAUGUUAUUAUAUAGAGAGAUUUAAUGCGUACCUUUGCACAAUACUUGAUCAUGUAAAUGAAAAGGUUAUUUUAAGUAUAUACCCAAUAAAUAAAUGGGGUUUAAAUGAAAGCAGAAACAAAGCUCUUAAUUUUAUUAAAUAUGAAGAUUAUAUUAAAAAAAUAAUAGAGAAAACAAAAUAUGAUAUGAUAAAUGUGAAAUACAAUUUAGAUAAAAUGGAGGUACAUAAUUUAAUUAAUGUAUUCAAUAUAAACAAUAACACAAACAACCAUAAUAAAAAUAAUUUAUUUUAUGACAAAGAAAUUAACACAUUAUUAGAGUGUAACACCAUGUACAAUACGAAAGCCGACUUAUUUGAUAAUACUAUUUGCCCCUCUACCUAUCCUUUUAAAUAUACUUCUUUAAAAAAAAUCGUCAGAAGCUAUACAUCUUUAUAUACAAAUAAAAAUUGGAAGAAAGGAAUUAAAAUAAUGUCAUCAUCUAUGAAAUGUCUCUUUGAAAAGGGAAGAAAAUUAAAAACCAUAUCAAUUUUAAGAAAAUCUGAUAAUCCUAUUCGAGAUUAUAUAAACACAAAAGUGGAAUGUUCAAGAAAUAAUUUAGUCUUAAAAUCCACAGAUAUGUAUGGUAAUGGAAAUAUAUGUGAACAGAAGAAAAACGGUGAUGUUAAUAAAAAUGGUUCUCUAAUAAUAGAUAGCUCAUUUAAAAAAAAAAUGAAUCAGUGUGUGCAAAAUUAUAUUUUUUUUACAUUGCACAAAAUUAAUGUGAAAAAUAAUUUACGUUUUAGAGGGAAUGCUGUAAAUAUAAUAAAAAGAAGAUUAAAUAAAUAUUUGACUAAAAUGUAUCUUGGAUUUAAUAAUUCUAGCGCAAAUAAAAUGUGUAAUUGUGAAAAGGAUAUUUUUGAAACACUUUUCUUAAGAACUAUUUUGUAUUUAGAGGAUAUUAGAAACGAUGUAAAUUCUGGAAAUUGUAAAAACUGUGGCUCAAAGAUGCGAGAAAACAUAUUUGAUCAAAUAAACGAUGUUUUUGAUAAUAGAGAAAAAGGAUAUAAAUUUGAAGAGGGAUCAUAUCGUGUUAAGCAAUGUGGCGAAAAUAGUGAAUAUCAUGAAGGUAGCAAUAAUGGAAAUAGUAGUGAGCAUCAUAGUGAUGGUAAUAGUGAUGGUAAUAGUGAAGGGAAUAGUGAAGGGAAUAACGGAAGUAAUAAUAGUGGACAUUCUGGGGGUAAUAAUGAUGACAAUAGUGGUGAUAAUGGAAGUAGUAGAGACAGCAAUAAUGAUGGUAGCAACGAUGAUGACAAUGGAAGCAAUAAUAAUAAUAAUGAUGAUGAAAAUGAAGAGAAUGAAGAAAAUGAUGAAACUAAUAAUGAUGAAACUAGGGACCAUGAGUAUACCAAUGAACAUGAAGGGUACAGUACUACUAAUGAAAAUAACAUAAUAAAGGAUAAAUAUAAAUAUGUUGAAAAUUUUGAUUGUGAAAAUAUUGAUUCAAAGAAAAUAUUAAAUGAGGAAAUGUCUAAUUUUAACAAAUAUCCAUUUAAUAGAAAUAAAAGUGAAAUGAGUACAAAUUAUUUUGAAAACACUUGUAACAUUAGCGCAAAUAAUAGUAAUAAUGGAUAUUAUGAAGAAAAUCACAAUAUGUUUGUAAACAGUGAUGAGGGUUUAACAAUAACCAGUGUUAAUAUGCAGAAUGCCAAAAUUAAUUCGAGGGACGAAGAAAUAACAUUUGGAAAUUUAACAAAUGAAAAUUGUCAUAGUGAUAACGGUUAUAAUAAUAUGAACACAUAUGUUGAAACCUAUUUAGAUAAUAAUAAAGGACAUAAUACUAGUGAUGUUAAAAGAGAUUCAUGUAGUACAAAUGAAGAACGAACCUCAAAUAAUUCACUUGAUGAUAACAAUAAAAUGAAAAACGAUAUAUAUGACAAUGAUUUAAUAUUUCACGGAAAUAACAUAAAUAUUAAAAAUGAAUUAAUAAAUGGUGGUGAAUCUUAUGAAUCUAACCUAUUAAGAAUGAAAGAAAAUUUAUUAAAUAUUAAUAAAGAUUCAGAUACAUGCGUUAAAAAAAAAGCAAUAAAAAAAAGAAAUAAAACAAAAUUGGAAAGAAGCAGCAAAAGUUUAGAUGAAGAAAAAAAAGAAGUUUUAAAUAAAGUAUCACAAAUAACAAGAGUUGGUGGUGUUUGCUUUGAUAAAAAUCGACAAAGAUGGAUAGCUCAUUGGAAAAUUGACGGAAAAUACCAUAAGCAUUAUUUUCCUAUAAGCCAAUAUGGAUUUGAAAAUGCUCGAGAAAGAGCAAUAAAUUGUAGAAAGCAAGCUGAAAAGCUUUUUAAUUUGCCCGAAAUACAGCCAAGAAAUCGAUGGAAUCAAGUAAAAGUUAGUGGUACAUCUCAUAUUAAAAAGGCAUCGAAACUACCACGUUGUGAAGGUGUAGCCUAUGAUGAAAUGUCACAGAGUUGGGUAAGUACAUUUGUUGUACAUAAAAAAUUUUCUAUCGAUGAGCUAGGUUUUUAUGAAGCAAGAAAUAGAGCUAUUUAUUGCAGAAGAACAUUUGAGAAAAUAAAUUCCGAAGAAGAUUAUGAAUUUUUACUUAAACAAAGAUUAGGUUUAACAGAAGAAGAAAAAGAUGAAUUAAACCUGCUAUUCGAUUUUGAUAAAAGUGCAUUGGAAAAAAUGGAAACAGUAGGAAAUGCCAAUAAGAUAAAAAAUAAUAUACACAAUUUGAGAAUCCAAGAUAAUGGUGAUUAUUCACUUAUGGACAAUCAUAAUAAUAUGGAACAAGCAAAAACUGUUAAUAAUAAUAUGGAAAGUAAAAUAUCAAAUGAGCAAUAUUUAAAAAUUACACAAGAGGCUAUUGAAAUGAUUUUAAGCAACAUAAAACACAAAUCACUACCAGAAAUUAAACUUAAAUUAAUUGAUGUUGAAAAAUUUGAAAAUUAUAAUACACUAAUUGAUAAGCAUUUUAAAUUUGUUACUUCUGUAAAAAAUAUAUCUCAAUUACAACCUUAUAUAGCUUUGUUCCAUAAAUUUAUUAUUUACCACACGUUACCACAUAAUGUAUCUUUGAAAAAACAAUUAUGCAUUAUUGAGGCUUUAGAAUGGUCUUCCUUUUUUUCUGGCGACGUUAACCAUAAAAUUGAUUAA